AUGAGUGAAGCGGGCAGGGGGAGGUGCAUGCACAGGUCGAAAUCCACUGCGUGCCUUGUUGAAGACUCCCUAUCUAAGUCCACUUUGACCAGGGAUUCCUUUUCAAGUCAGCCUGAACAACUAAACAGCCUCUGUGAUCUGAAAACCAACCAUGACAGGCGAAAGCAUGGCCGAUCGCAUGCAUCACCCCCACAUCGUAAUCAAUCCCUCUCACGCUUUUUCCGGUGGCGUUCAAAGCAUCAUGACGAAGAUUGUAUUACAUCACAAUCACGACAAGAAUCGACUGCUCUAGAUCGGACCUAUUCAAAAUCGUCAACCAUCAUUGAAGAGGGUGGUUCGUUCACCUCUCUACUGGACCUCAAUCCCAGCGCUCAACAUUUUGUCAAAGGUGCCGAUUCUCGGCACAACAUUGCUUCCAAGUCCGAAGUGGAAGGUGGUUUGGACACGUUGAGAUUACAUAAGGAACAAUCAUCUAGCAAAUCACUUCGACUCAGUCCCUCACCCAUGGCUAGUACAAUCUCCGGGUUAAACGACACCACCACCGUACCUGAGCCAACACCUCGACAGGGACGAGGGCAUGGUCUUAGACAUCAUUUAUUCACGCGCUCCCAUCAACGUCUUGACGACUCGGCGGGUAAGCAGGCUGAACACCAGGAGAUUGAAAUCAAGGCCAUAGGCUUCGAAGUGGGAAUGCUACAGCCUAGCCUCCUGGGCAGCCGGAAGCAUUGCUUUUAUGUCAAAGCGACAACAGGCAACAUCCACGUUUUUGCUGCUGCUUCUCAGGAGGAAAGGUGCUGUUGGCUUACAAGGUAA